AUGCGUAUCCCAAAAACCAAAAGUAGCUCCGCGAAGUCAGUCAGCGGACCAAAGCGCAGCUGCCAGGAACGUACACAGCCUGAUGCCACCACUCCAAAGGCCAUGAAGGACCCAAACUGGAGAACUCGCCAAGACACAGGAUCUUCCACAGACAUUGAGAACAUUAUGCCGCCCAUGGAACAGUUCAACAGCAAGCUCUACCCGCCUGUUGCUCAACUUCAAAGCAGCCACACAUCCCAGCAUGAACGGGGCAGUUUUGAUUUUUCAAUCAUGGACAAAUACUCGUCCGAGUCGUCGUCAGCUUCCGAGGGCUUUGUCAAAAUCCUCAGAAAGAUUGAUCUGAGGCCUAUAGGCGGUCGACAAAUGAGUAUUUUCGAGCUCGAUGUCCGGCCGGAAACUCCUACCCCUACCAUUGCGAGCGAUGACCGACGAUAUGUCAAAGUCGCUCGCCAUGUAUCGGGUCAUCAACGCGACUCCAGCUCAGCUACGGAAAUAACUGCAUCUUCGCACGACACGGAAAAUGUCCACAGUCGUGACUUAUUUCAAGUUGUCACUCUCGACAGACUUUGCCGCCAGUCGGCCUCGGCCUCUUCCUCUCACGCCCAUUUACACGAAUCCCGCAACAUCUACGAAAAAGGGAAAAACACCCCCAGCUCAUUCGAAUCAAAUGCCACCAUUUCUCGUGACCGACCAUCGAAGGAUGAGCUACUCCGUUCCCCUCAGACGGCCAUCCGUAACAAUCGUGAUCAAGCCUUCCAAAGACUGAUUCAACGUCUGAACCGCGACAAUCACUCCAAUGGACCCCAAUCGUCACAGUCGCCAACCAAAGCACAGGCUAAAAAUAAGCAACCCCAGCCUGAACUCAUGAACAAGGUGUUUAACAACUUUCGAAGGCCUAUGGCGGGCGAUGGUCGACGCAACCAGACCAUCUCCGACUUCAAGGUGGACUAUUGGGGCAACUGCCAGUCAAGCGUGGCAAGCCGUGACGGCUCCGAGAACACAGUACAGGCCUCCAGCAAGCAGAAUACGUGGAAUCCCAAAGCGAGAGAGUUUUAUUCCUUGAAUCGACGCCCGAUUCCUUGGGACACUGGCGCGACGGACUCACGGGAGAAAGCCUUGCCCAACUUCAACUCAUGGCCGCAGUCCAACAGCACCAAAACCAACACGCCGCCGUUCAACCCCUAUCUCUACUCCCAAGAUCAAGCUACCAGUACUAUUCCAAGUUAUCCAGUGUAUCCGUCAGCAACGCCACUCGCUCCAGCUUUCAACUUGGGACAAUGCCCGCAGACUUUUGGCAACACUCCAUACCUACCUGGAAACCCAGCUACGCAGCCAUCACUCUUUCCUCUUGCACCACUGCCCGGUUUACAAUCUCCGGCAAUGCCUUUUGGAAACUUGACAGCUCAGCAAAUCGCUGCACAGCAGAUAGCGGCUCUUCCAUACCUUGCCUCACUUGCAUCACUUAGUCAGAUCCCCCUUCUGACGGGGCUGGAGAAGCCAAACUUGCCAGUCAAUAACCGCCGCCCGCCAGUCCCAAAGCCAACUCUACCUAAUGCCGGUGCUCAGCUAGCGUAUGAAGAAUGGAUCGAAUGGCGAAAGGCCAAUGAACCGGGCUAUGCCGUUGAGUGCAAGGCCCGACAGCAGCGGAGAUCCCAAAGAUGCAAAGGGAUCAUCAAAGAAGGUGGCAGCGAUAAGCCUGCAGAGCCGCGUAUCGCACAAGCCAAUGCGGUCGCUGCUGCAUGA